GCACUGUAACCCGGAUGUAAGGGCAAUAAUGAAGCCUUGAGCCCAGUGGACCGCAAAGCCAGGAACUAAAAUUGACCCCAAUAGCUUCCUAUUCCGGUGUGUGAGGACCUGGGUGGUAGAAAGGGGGUUUGCACGGUCUCCUCAGAGUCUGUCCCUACCACCAGGACCAUAGGUCGGUCUCAGGAUGGACAAGGACAGGAGUCACAUGACUAAGCAGAUAUUGAACCUCACCCUGGAGAUCAUCUACCUGCUGACCGGAGAGGAUUACACAGUACUGAGGAAGAAGUCUGGAGAGGAUGUGACCCCCAGCAGCGGUCCCCGUGGGUUAGGAAGAUGGAGCAGGACCCAGAGCCCCAUCACGGUGUCCCCACCUCACUCACCGAUACAUAAGAGAGACAAUGAGCAGAAGAUCCUGGAACUCACCAACAAGAUCAUUCAGCUGCUGACUGGAGAGGUUCCUAUAAGGUGUGAGGAUGUCACUGUCUAUCUCUCCAUGGAGGAGUGGGAGUAUAUAGAGGGACACAAGGAUCUGUACAAGGACAUCAUGACGGAGCAUCACUGGCCAAUCACAUCACUGGAUGGUUCCAGUAACCGAAAUACACCUGAGACCUGUCCCAGUUCUCUCUAUUCACCGGCAUGUACUGAAGAGCAUCUCAGUAUUCUACAGGUCUGUAAUGAGGAACAUGACCAGCACUACAACAAGAAAAAUGCUGAGGAAGAAGAUGUAAAUAUUUGGCCGGCUGACAUCAGCCCUCUAAUUAAGGGAGAAGGGACGUACGUGAUACCUAAACAGCCGUGUCAGGAUGCUGGAACUCCUAUAGAUAUUAGCACAGAUGAAUCCAGUGUCGCUAGUACACCAGAGAGAUGUCCCAGCCCUCUUUAUAUAGAAGACCAUGCACUGAACAAAAAGUUCUACAAAAGACACAGUGAGGAGGAAAAUCUGAACAUUGUCAUAAUUGAUAUAGAAGAGGAAGACGAAACAUACAUGAGUACUAAUGAGCAGUGUAAGAUGGAGGCUGUACCCACAGCUGCCCGCACAGAUGCGGAAAACAAUGGACAUUCCUCAGGAACCCGUCACUUUCCCACCGUACCUCCAAAUUAUCAAGUGAAGCAAAACGACAUUUACCAGAGUUGUCCUACAACUGACAGCUAUAACGCGGACAGGCGCUCGUUUGUUCAGAAUGUGGAUUUUAAUAACUACCAAUUAAAAUAUGGGAGAUAUUGUAGAGAUACGGACCCCACACCAAAAGUCCAGAUGUACGCAGAAGGUAGACAGCACGCAUGCACGGAAUGUGGGAAGUGUUUUACACGGAACGCUGAUCUGGUCGUACAUAAGAGGCUGCACCAAGGAAAAAUUCCCUUUGUGUGUUCUAUAUGCGGGAAAUGUUUUACCAGUAACUCCCAUCUCUUAAUACACCUGAGACUCCACGCCGGAGAGAAACCCUUUGCCUGUUUAGAAUGCGGAAAAAGCUUCAAAAGCAAUUCCCACCUGGUGACGCAUCAGAGAAUCCACAGAGGGGAGAAGCCUUUUCUCUGUAUGGAGUGCGGGAAAAGCUUUAACGACAAAUCGAAUUUUGGCCGGCAUAAGCGCAUUCACACCGGCGAGAAGCCCUUUAUGUGUAACGAGUGCGGGAAAGGCUUCAACCGCAAAGCCAAUCUCCUAAUCCACGAGCGAACCCACAUCGGAGAGAAGCCUUUUUCUUGUACGGAAUGCGGUAAGUGCUACACCAGCAAGGCGGAGCUGGUCCGGCAUAAGGUUUUCCACACAGGCGGGAAGCAGUUUGCUUGCCCUGACUGCGAGGACAAAUUUAACGACAAAUCCAGCCUCAUCAUCCAUCAGAUGAUCCACAAAGGGGAGAAACUCUAUUCCUGCUCCGAGUGCGGCAAAUGCUUCGCCAACAAUUCUCUGCUCAUGACGCAUGAGCGCAUUCACAAAGGAGAGAAACCCUUUGUCUGUGCCGAGUGCGGGAAAAGCUUCAACGACAAGUCGAACUUCAUUCGGCACAAGCGAAUACACACCGGGGAGAAGCCCUAUGCCUGCUUUGAGUGCGGCAAGGUGUUUAACCGGAAAGCAAACCUCUUGCUCCACCAGAGAACUCACACGGGAGAGAAGCCAUUUUGUUGCUUGCAGUGCGGGAAGAGUUUCAGCAGUAACUCGGGCCUUGUGGUCCAUCAGAGGCUUCACACUGGCUAGGUUUUCACUUAACCUGAGACAGCUGAAAUGUAUAACUAUAUACUGUCGUCUGGAACAGCAAGUUUAUUACACUUCUGAUGACAUAAACCUGCUUUGAGUGGUUGGUGUGGGCCAGGCCAAGCUUGUAAUUUUGUGUGCAGCACAAGUCCCAUUUUAAGAUUACCAGGACCUACUCUGUGUGACACUUGGCGCGGCCCAUCUCCAAGUGAUAACGGAACCUUUAAAUUUAAAGGGGAAAUGGUUCCCCUAUGUUUAAAGUAGUGUUUAGUUUCUCAUUAUUUCUCUGUUACUUCAUUCAGAUAUAUUGAUAGGAACCAACCUAGACAAAUUGGCAGAAGCGGUGACUCCACACUCUAAACUGCUAAUAGCACUUGUUUGGCUUCGCCAAGUGUUACACAUCCGGCCAGUCAUGGGCAUAUUAUUGCCGUACUCAGCAAUAAGUAUUAAGUGAGGCUACUUUACGUAUUGUACAGGCUUGGCGGGCUAGGAAUACAUUGGCGAACGUUGUCGGACAGAUAAUGGUAACAUCUCCUUUUAUACAUUUUUAUCAACCUAGUUUUCUAGUACGGUAUAGAAUCUGUUCGCUAUGGAUCACACCGUACGUUGUUGAGUUACCUGUAACUGUAUUCGUGGGACACUAACCUCAAACAUUCUCUUCCUGUGCAUUUUUCAUGAAGCCGCUGGGAUUUGCAAGGCCGCCGGUGGGCGUCUCAUUACAAAUCCAGACGGCUGUGAUAUUUGCCUAUUUUCCCACAGUUGGUGUGUACAAAUUCUCAGCUGCGAAUGCAUUUUUUUGUGCAUCUCUGAAUCAUGCUUUCUUUAGGUAGCGUCUCGACACUUUCCUCUCCUCUAAACAAAUGUCUGGUAAGUAAGUAAAGUUUAUCUGUGUGAAUAUGGAAAGGGGAGCGUGGGAGUACUUUGCAUGUGGCUGUAUGAGAAGGUCUGAUCUGUGUAGUGAGGAAUGACCGUGGUGUUGCUCCAAACGGGUUGUGGAACUGCUGCCUGUAGCCAGAGCUGCCACAGAAUGUGCAGAAUCCGUUCUGUAGGAAUGUAGGAAUGUAUUUUUAUUAAUGUAUUUAUCCAUAACAAAGGAUAUGCAAAACCUUUAAAACGGGGUUAGUGUGCCCUUAGUAAAGGUCACCCAGUAUAUAAACGGUGGAGUCACAGUAUUAUGACCACCAGCUAAUAGCCAGAGUAACCGCCGUGUGCAGCACGGACAGCAGCUAGACGGGCUGAACUUUUAGACACACGUCUGGUAACCUCCAGGUUCAUUUUGACGGUGAGCUGCUCCACUGUAGUGAGUCGGUCGGGCCUCACGCACACUCGUAGGUGGUGCUCCGCAGUUUCCACGUUGAUAAUUAGCAAUGGUGCCAUUUACACAUUACGUCAGCCAGAGUCCACCUUUUACAUAUUACGGCAGACAGCGUCCCUCUUUUUACACAUUAUGGCAGCCAGUCCCCCUUUUUACACAUUAUGGCAGCCAGUCCCCCUUUUUACACAUUACGGCAGCCAGUCCCCUUUUUACACAUUACGGCAGACAGCGUCCCCUUAUUACACAUUACGGCAGACAGCGUCCCCUUAUUACGCAUUACGGCAGACAGCGUCCCCCUUAUUACACAUUACGGCAGACGGCGUCCCCAUUUUUACACAUUACAGCAGACAGCAUCCCCCUUUUUACACAUUACGGCAGAAAGUCCCUACACACACACACAGCUUGUCCCAUCCAGCGACUACACACACACACAGCCUGUCCCCUCCAGUGACUACACACACACAGCCUGUCCCCUCCAGUCACACCACACACACACACACACACCUCUCUCCUCCCCCGGUCCCCACUGUGUUACCUCCGGGAGAGCUGUAGCAGAGAUGGAUGCCGACAGACCACACAGCAAAGUUGGGGGGCGUGGCCUAAUUGUGCCCCCCGUGGCCACGUCCCCUUUCAGCACCGAUAGGCGGACUGGGAGAGGAGGAGGCACAGGACCGGACAUACAGCAAUCUCAUCCAGCGUCCUGAUCCGCUGCUGCAGCUAAGGUACUCCUGCAGACAAGCACUGAGCAGCGCGGACCUGCCGGCGUUGCCGGCUGUCCUGCGCCCUCAGUGCACAUGCGCUGUGUGCCAGGCACCGCUGGCACACACCUAGUUACGGCACUGCCGAUAAUCAUCCCAUUUUGCAACUCUGAUAUGUGUGAUAAGUGAUCUGUGUGCAGUCGGCCUAUCACACACCUUAUAUACCCAUAAAGCCAGCGCACGACACGUAACGUACUUGAUGGACUACACGCUGCCAACGUCAAAUAUUAGAGGUGGUCAUAAUAAUGUGACUUGACUGUGUAUAAAAGUCUUUCUUCUCAUAAAUGACAAAUAAAUAGGACAUGCCCUUUUGGGGGUUUAGUGUUUGCCUUAUUUAGGCAGUUUGUGCUCUUAUUGGGUUGCGUAGGGUCCCUUCCCUUGUGGUUGUGUUAUUUUGUCACAUUCCUAGUGUUAGUGACCAGGAAACAAACUGGGCAAGAUGGCUGAAACUGAAGGCUGGCACAGAAGCAAUCCGUUACUAUAGAAAUCAGCUGUGUCAUGGCGCUGGGUAUCUGACCAGCUUUGAUUAUUUGAAUAAUAUUGAUGGCAAAUGAAGUCUGGGUACAGACUUGGCCAACGGAUCAGCUGUCCGGCUGACCCCCCGACUGAUCUAAUGAUUGGUAAGGUAAAUGCACAAACAAUCUUGUGCAUACACACUUACCAAUCCUCUGCCCUAAAAGUCUGGUCAGCAGACCAUUUGAAUAUGCCGUCCCACUUGUGAUGUCAUAUUCAAUGGAUUCUGCGGCCGAUACAUUGUUCGGUCGGCGGGUCACCCUGUACACACACGGAGAUAUACCGGAUAUAACGGCAUUAGCCGUACUGCAGGGCUGACCUGAUAUAUCUGUGAACGACAUCAUUCAUCAGAUAUAUUGGCUGUACACACGAGUCGAUGGUGCAGCCGAUAUAUCACUCACGGCUGUACGAACAAUGUAUUGGUAAUUGUGUGCCCAUCUUAAGUCCGGCAUUACGUACAGAAGUCAGUAUUGCAAGGCAAUUUGCCAAUAAUAUGAUUACCACACACUACAAAUGAAUAGAAUAGAAACAGAUCCGUUUAAGCAUGAUGGAAGUAUAUUCCUUUAACAUACUAGAAAUGACAUGUUAGGUUCAGUUUGCAUUGCUGUAUUAUUUGAAUUGGAAUUUGCAUUAUGUAAUAAUAGG